AACAAUAUGACUUAAUUGGUGACAAACAGAAAAGAGCAUUAUGAUGAAGACAAAAUAUGAUCAACGGUAGAUCAUCUAAUUGAGUGCACAAAUUGUUUCAAUCUGUUUUUAAGCUUGUUAGUAAUUAAUACAUUAAUCUAAUAAUAAAAUAAGUUUUAAUGAGUUUGUUGGCUAAUAAAAGGUAAUGAUUCCAAGUUGCUAACUAAUAUAUGAAAGUGUUGAUGGGAGUUACACAAGAACGAAGACAGCUGUGAAAAAUCCGAUAUGCGUACUAAUAGCACCACAAUCACAACUUUAAUAAUAUACUUGGUUUUGCUCGAGACGCUACUCUCGCAUUCACAUCCCAUCAAAGCCACAUUUCACGACAGCAAAAUGAGUCAUCUCGCAACGAAAAUAUCAGCUGAUGGCUUUGUAUCAAAGCAAAACAGAGAAGAAUUAGCAAAACUUAUGAACAUAAGAGGAAUAACUUGCCACGGAAUACAUUUUCACCAGACUAUACGCCACAAAAAUUGCAAGCCUGUGAUUAUCUCAAAUAAAAUGUGUUUUGGUUCUUGUUUAUCGAAAGCAAAGCCUUUACUAUUUGUUGGGAAAAUAAUCCAAUCCAAAUCCCCUGUGCCAACAUGUAGACCAAAACAUGUCAUUUUAAAAAAAGUUAUGCUGAACUGCCAUGACAAUACGCAACACUCUAAAGAAGUCAAUGUCACUCGUGCAUGCAGUUGCAGUUGAGGGACACUUGUCAAGACACGAUGAUGCUCGAUAAACACGUUAAUUACACGCUAAAUCGCUUACAGGGCCGUGCCCAGGAGAAAUUAUUUAAUACUAUUUUUAUAAUUAUUUAAUUUAGCUACCUCCUUAUACGAUCAUAAGGAGGCAGCUAGAACAUUUUUUGCAUCUACACAAGUCUCGGAAAAAUAUCUUAAUGAUCUAUAAACCCUUUUAUUAUCCAUGUUAAACCAUUCAGUGUCUUUAUUAAUUGUUUAUGUUGAUUAUUUUUUAUGUAUAACAACAGUCUUGUUGAUGAUAUGAGUUUAAAAAGAAACACCUCUGA